AUGGCUCGUUCAGUCUCUGGUGACACAGAAGCUAAGAGCUCUAGCGAUCCAAGAAGCAAGCGCGGUGGCUGGAUCACUUUUCCAUUCUUGAUAGCUACGUUGUUAGGACUGUCCAUAGCUUCAUUCGGAUGGAUAAUGAACUUGGUUGUCUUCUUAAUCAAGGAGUUCAACAUCAAGAGUAUUGCGGCUGCGCAGAUUUCAAAUAUUGUUCAUGGCUGUGUGAACAUGUUCCCUGUUGUAGCAGCCAUGUUAGCUGACUCUUUCUUCGGAAACAUUCCUGUCAUCGCGGCCUCUGCCUUCAUUUCUCUUCUUGGAAUUUUUCUAAUGACCUUGAUCACAUCUUUGGAAAACUUGAGACCUAGACCGUGUGAAACAGACUUAGUCCUAUGUCAAUCGCCAUCGAAUCUUCAGCUCGGUAUCUUGUAUACAGCCUUAGCUCUAGUGAUCAGUGGAUCAGCUGGGACGCGGUUCACCUUAGCAUCCGCGGGUGCAAACCAAUAUGAGAAACCUAAAGAUCAAGGAAGGUUCUUUAACUGGUACUUCCUCACACUAUACGCUGGAUCUAUUACUGGCGCAACAGCAAUUGUAUACACACAGGAAAAUGCUAGCUGGAAACUUGGGUUCGGACUCUGCGCUGUCGCUAAUUUGAUCAGUUUCAUCAUUUUUGUGUCCGGGAAGGGAUUCUACAAGCAUGACAAACCCAUGGGAAGUCCCUUCACAAACCUGCUCCGCGUUGUAGUCGCUGCUAUUGCAAAAAGGAAAGCUCUGGUAUCUAACAGAGAAGAAGACUAUCACCGUGGCUUUGAAAGAGAGGCCAAGAUGUCUCAUGCAAUGCCCUCCAAGAGCUUCAGGUUCUUUAACCGUGCAGCAUUGAAAACUGAAGACGACUUAGUUAACAACAAAUGGAAGCUAUGCUCGGUUCAAGAAGUAGAAGAUUUCAAAGCCGUGUUCCGAGUUCUCCCUCUGUUGCUAGCCAUUAUCUGUGUUAGUACUCCCAUGGUGAUUCAAACAAACUUGAUUAUACUACAAGCUUUAGUCAUGGACCGUAGGCUCGGCACUCACUUCAAAAUCCCAGUCGGAUCCCUCCAAGUCAUAGUACUCAUCACCGGGUGCAUGGUUAUCAUAAUGAACAACUGCCUUGUCUAUCCAAUGUACCAGAAAUUAACCCACAAGCCAUUGACACCGCUUCAAAAAGUCGGUAUAGGCCAUGUUUUAGUCAUUUCAAGCAUGGCGAUAUCCGCGGUUGUGGAAGCAAAGAGGCUGAAAACAGUUAAUAAUGACCAUCCCAUGUCGGUGCUAUGGCUGGUUCCUCCCCUUGUGAUAGUAGGAAUAAGCGAAAGCUUCCAAUUCCCCGCGAAUAUUGAACUAUUCUAUAAAGAAUUCCCCGAGUCUCUCAAAAGCACCGCGACUUCACUGACCUCAGUGGUGAUUGGAAUCUCAUUCUACCUUAGCACAGCUCUGCUCACUCUUAUCCAAAGGACCACCAAGUGGUUACCAAAUGACAUUAACCAAGGAAGAGUUGACAAUGUUUACUGGGUUUUAGUCAUUGUAGGAGUCUUGAUUUUUGGCUAUUUCCUUGUCUGCGCUUGGUUUUACAAAUACAAAAACCUCGUGGAUGAUGAUCAUGGACAAGAUCCACAAGAUGUACCAACUUAAGACACAACAUCCUCUGUUUCAGUUUUCUCUACAAUAAUUUUUUUACAUAUCUUGAAUCAGUAUCUUAUUUA